CCGCCACCUGAGUUCUGGGUGAGAAUCUUCGGAGUUUCUUUGGGACUAGAGGAAUCCUGAAACCAUGGAUCACCUAUGUAUGCUUUGGGACAUGCUUUAGAUGUUUUUUCUAGAAGCCAUGCAAGUACCCUAAAAAUUGAAUGUAUUGUUGAAAAGACUUAUGGCCAAUGGUGGCAGAGUCUGCAUAGAACUAUGCUUCGUGGUGUUCUGGGGAAAACCUUUCGGCUUGUUGGCUAUACUAUUCAGUAUGGCUGUAUAGCUCAUUGUGCUUUUGAAUACGUUGGUGGUGUUGUCAUGUGUUCUGGACCAUCAAUGGAGCCUACAAUUCAAAAUUCAGAUAUUGUCUUUGCAGAAAAUCUUAGUCGACAUUUUUAUGGUAUCCAAAGAGGUGACAUUGUGAUUGCAAAAAGCCCAAGUGAUCCAAAAUCAAAUAUUUGUAAAAGAGUAAUUGGUUUGGAAGGAGACAAAAUUCUCACCAAUAGUCCAUCAGGUUUCUUUAAAAGCCAUAGUUAUGAAUUCCUCAGUUUGCUGCUAGAAGACACUAAUUUGCCAAAAAUAAUUUAGUUGGAAGAAGCAUUUAGCAGGUUCCAGCGGGUCACGUUUGGUUAGAAGGUGAUAAUCUACAGAAUUCUACAGAUUCCAGGUACUAUGGACCUGUUCCAUAUGGACUAAUAAGAGGACGUAUCUUCUUUAAGAUUUGGCCUCUGAAUGAUUUUGGAUUUCUACGUGACAGC